AGCAUCCUAAUUUAAUUCACAUCAUUCAUUGUUUGUUGACAGUUGUUGUCAUUGACAAUGAGAUGAGUUGAGCUUUGUUUAUAGUGAGGCUACCUUCUCUCUGUAACUUCACUCGUCAUAUAUUUGUUUGUAUUUCAAGUAGCUAGUGGAGACCAGGUUGAUUCAUUGAAGUAUAUAAAGUUGAGAGGUGUGCGGAAAUUGCCUGAUCACGGAAUCACGUUAUCCACGUAGGCAGUCACUAGUCAUCAUGAGAAGUCAAGCAUUCGUCGUCUCACUCAGCCUUCUCUUGUUAUGUCUCACGUGUGUUGAGAAUACACCAUCCAGAUACAGACAUUUGACAAAUACAUAUCAGAACAACGCUGCACAAUAUGAAGAAUCCAGUUUCCAGGUGAACAUAGAGAAUAUCGCUGAACAAACAGUCGAUGUGUUUGCAAAGUUGGAAACAUUCUUGAAGGCCUAUGAGGAGUGGAAGCAAAGUGAAGGCUUCAGCUUCAUAAAAACAGUGAUCAACGACAUCCCGACAAUUCAAGCAUUGGCCAACUCACUGCCACAGAUAUAUCCAGAGUACGGUGAUUUCAAUGUGACUUAUGAAUAUGAUUCAGAACAGUUGAGUCAGCCUACUACUGAUUAUCCUCUUUACUGAUUCCAUGUCAAGAAGGUGUCUACAAAGUUACAGUGAGUCAUCAGUGCAACACAGAACACUGAACACUGUCAGCGACUGGAAUUGCAUUCUGAUGUGAUUCUAGAGAGGAAGAGCUUCACAGAUUGGUAUCUUGACUGUUUUGAAUGUAAAAAUUAAUAUUUCUAAAAUAUAU